AUGAUCGAAAAUGACAUUAUUGAUGCGUACGAAAAUGAAUCGCAAUUACAAGAUAAUCAAGAAGAAGAUAAUAACAAAAUCUCUUACAAAAAAUGUAGUAUUGACAUGAUUGAAGAUAUAAGAAAAGAAAUAUCUGAAGGUAAUGUAAUGUCAAGUAUAGAUGAUUACAUAGAUGAUCUUGAUAAUUUACUAAAUAAAGGUAAAGUUAAUGCAUGUACAGUCGAAAACAAUAGUGAUACUAGUUUCGCUGAGGAGUUUGAUUCAAUCGCGAGAAAUCUCACAAUGAUUGAUGAGGAAAAGAAGAACACUUUCAUGAAGAUGAUCAUACAAUUUAAAAAACUAUUCUCAGACAAACCUGGAUGUGUCAACAAUUAUACACAUAAACUUCGCUUAAAGUCUACAAAUCCGAAAAUAAAUCAAUCAUAUCCAGUACCAUACGCAUUGCGCGAUGAAGUAGAAAAGUGUUUGGAAAAGAUGUGUCAAGCAGGAAUAAUAGAACCAGCUAUAAGUCAGUACUGUAAUCCCCUUCGAAUCGUACGUAAAAGCGACGGAGCGAUACGCGUGUGUCUCGAUGCAAGAAAUCUAAAUAAAUAUUUGGAAGAUGACCACGAAGCACCACCAAUAAUAACAGAUAUCAUACAAGUAUUUUUCAAAUGUAAAUAUUUCUUCAAGAUAGACAUGACGAUGGGCUACUGGCAAAUUUUACUUGAUAAAGAAUCACGACCACUGACUGCAUUCGUCUUUAAAGGUCGAAUGUAUCAAUUUAUACGCGUACCUUUCGAUAAUUCAGAAUGGUUAUGCACCGAACAACAUACUCGUGCCUUUGACGCAUUAAAACAGAAUUUUACAAAUACUGUUUGUUUGAGUCAUGUUAUUCCGAACAUCCCAUUCAAAAUUCAAACAAAUGCAAGCAAUAGUGGUAUAGCAGGUAUUUUAUAUCAAAUAGAUGAAAAUAAGGAACAUUGCAUAAUUUCUCUUGCCAGUAGAUGUCUAACACAAACUGAAACAGAAUAUACAACGACAGAAUUAGAGCUUCUAAGCAUCGUGUAUAGUAUUGCAAAAUUUAGAGAGUUUUUGGUGGGCGGGACUUUUGAGAUCGUAACGGAUCAUAAAGCGUUAACAUUUUUGAAUUCGACCGUAUUUCAUAAUUCACGCCUGAUAAGAUGGUCUCUGUAUUUGCAACAAUACUCAUACACUGUAGUACACUGUAGAGGAAAGGACAACACAGUAGCUGAUUUUCUGAGUCGUAAUCCCGAAAGUAAAUUUAAGGAAUAUACACAGGAAACUCUCAUGAUUUCAUCCCUUUGUGAUUACAGUUUGCCAACGAUAAAGAAUGACGAAGUAUCUUCAUUGGUAAUAAUGGCAUUGUUCAAUGCAGAUACCUCAUUAAAGCAAAUCAUGAAGAAUAUAGCAGAAAAGCAAAAUCAAGACCUAGCUUAUCAAAAUUUCUUUAAACAAUUAAAUAAUAAAAAUAGAAAACACGAACAUUUGCAGGAACUAUUUAAUAUAACGACUCAUCAUAGUACAGGCUGUGCACCUAAUGAAUUGCAUUUUGGACAAAAAAUUCAAGAUAAAAUAACUACAUUUUUAAAGUUUCCACAAUCAAAUCCCAUUAAUCACAAAUAUCUUAUAACCUUUGCAAAGAAAAAUAUUGAAAAAAGUCAUGCGGCUCGUGCCAAGUAUCAAAAGCCAUCUAAAGUAGUAAUAAAAGAAGGAGACCUGGUACUUUUGAGAGUAAGACAUUUGUCUAAUGCAUUAGAUAAGGUUACCAGGAAGUUUUUCCACUUGUUUGAGGGACCUUUCAAAGUCGCAAGGGACCUGGGUCGAAAUGCUUAUGUUUUAGUUGAUCCAAACGAUCAGAGUGUGGAGAAAGGCGUUUAUAAUCGCGCAAAUUUAAGAAAAUAUCAUAAGGCUUAG